CCCGUGCAGAACUGCCCUUUUCACACGCACUUCCUGCAUUCUUUGUACCCGCUCCCAUCUGCUCCCACCUGCAGGCCGUGGUUCAGUGUGCCCUCUCAAUCCUCACCCAGCAGCUCGGCUGCAUGCAUCGUGUGCUGCGACACUGACCAGGGUCCUGUUCGCGGUAGCGGGUCCUAAGCGCACGAGAGCUUCUCGAGAAGCAUUUGUGGCCGCUCGAGGAACACAAGUGUGACUUCACUUGAUAUAGCGCGCAUGUCUGGCAACGCAUCAUGUCCUCCGGUCAAGUGUCGCGGCAGAGGUCCCACUCGACCAGAUCGACAACGUCGAAGCGUUCGGGAGGAAUAAGACAGACUCCCCCGCCAGCUAGUCUCACACCUGACAAUGGCGACUCGGCAUUCGAACCUUGCGCAGCGACCGCAUCCUUCCUGUUAUACGCCCAACGGAGCCAAAUUCUCGUCCUACAUCAUGAUACUUUAACAAUCGAAAGGCGAUUUGCGCUGCAUCGGGAGGAUGUGCUAUGGAUUGCUGUGGACAAUGUCAGUGAACGAGGAUCAGGUCGGUUGGCAGUCAGCUUCGACGUGGGCAAGACUGCCAUUGUCUGGGAUAUCCUCAGUGGCGGAGAAGUGGCACGCUUUUCUGCUUAUGAACACAUGAGAGUCGCGAGCUUUAUGCGCAACGGCAACAUUGCAUUUGCAAACGAUCAAGGGAACAUCAUCCUUUUCGAACCUUCCACAUCGGAACAUGUCUCGGCACGCACGAUAUUCGAUCCUAUCACUGCAAUUGCGCCAGCAUCAGAUUGCAGAACGUUUGCGAUUGGGUACCUGAAUGGCUCGAUAUUAAUCGCCACUCUACAGCCUUCAUUCACGAUACUGCAUACACUCAAUACCACACGAUCGCCUGCACGGAUCACAGAUCUCGCCUGGCAUGGAUCUUCGUCGAAGCAGAAGACGGAUAUGCUUGCUACGCAAACAGCAGAUGGCGAUCUGCGAGUGUGGAGUGUACCCAAGGCACAGCAUGGAGAAACUCCCAACAUCAUUCGAGUCCUGCAGAGACCAGAAGUGCAGCAGUCUGGCCCAUGCUGGUUUGCGUGGUCGAAGAACGGCCGGAUUGUGCAAUAUGCCGACGGUGAAACACGCUCUUGGGACGUUCGUACCAAGAAAGUCACCUACGAAAUCAUCCCAACCUGCGAUGGUGUGACUGGCAUUGCCAACUAUGGUCCCACUGCAACGCUGUUCGCGCUGGGCCGCAAUCACGCUGUCUUCCAGUAUGACAUUAACCCCAGCUCCACUCCAAUGCAGGUCGCCAACGCACAGCAUGCACCCGCAAAUACACCUCCGACGCCGCCCACUAUGCUCGAGGAACGCAAGAACCCAUAUGCAGAGUCCGGGAGGUCAUUGAGCAUCGAUCAGCAGAUUCCGUUUACCUUUACCGAUAAUGAGAGCAGUGCAGACGAGAGUGCGGCAAUGUCACCAUUGCAGAAGAUUGCCAAGGAAAUGGACUCGCUCGAUGCGUUGGAGUCUGAAAUUCGUGACAAGGUCAUGCCACUCAGUCCUCAUUCCAGUCAAGCAUCAUCAUCUACCAGUUCGAAGAGCUCAGGGCGAAGGCGUCAGCGCCAGUAUCUAUACGAUCGACCGGAUUCUUCGAGGGCGUCCUCUGACGCUGGGUACGACGGCACCGAGUUCUCCUUUGGACCACCUCCGAAGAUGGGGCAUGAAAGCAUGUCGAUUCGAUCCGUCGCGUCUUCUCUGCCAUCUGCAUCCGCAGCUCGUCACACACGAAGAUCCUCCAAUCUGCGGCGGGAGAUAUUGCGAAGUCCAGAAGAAGCGCAAGAGACAGCACUGAUGGACCUCUUCCCCACGAUCAAGGCUCGCCUUCGAGACGUUGCUUUUAGAACGCCGCAGUAUGGGAAUGCCGCAAGAACUCCGGAUCUGCUGCUAUCCGAAAUGCUCAGUGUGGUAUUUGGCUGGAAUGACAGUGUACAAAGUUUAUUACAGGAUGAAAUGUCUCGACACCGGCCUGGUUCCGCAGCAGCUGUGCUACUUGCCAAAUGGCUCGGCGACAUGGGUGCAGACAGUAUGGCCUCGAUGAUUGGGUCGGAAUCCAUGACAUCUUCGGACUGGAUGCUUCUCGCACUGAGCUCCAUUGGGGCAGACUCGCAAAAGAAGGUGGGCGAGGCUUUUGUGCAGCGUCUCCUGGAGAAGGGAGACAUCCAUCCGGCUGUGGCGAUUUUGCUCGGGCUGGGCGAGCACGACGAUGCCAUUGAAGUGUACGUUUCACAGCAGUAUUGGCUGGAAUCGGUUCUACUCGCCUGUCUCACGUCGCCUUCGGACUGGCAGCGGAUCUCGUAUCUCAUUCGCAAAUGGGGCGAAGCAGCGGUCACGUCUGGUCAACCGGAGUUGGCUGUCAGGUGCUUUUCAUGCACCAGCGUGGAAACUUCGGAGCCAUGGUUCUCACCACGAUCUCAAGACGCAGUCUAUGCGGCGCAGCAAGAGCGUUUCAUGCAGCCUCUGAGCGCUGGAGGAAUGACCAGUCCGCCUCUUUCACCGCCCUCUCGAUCUGCGUCGGCUCGAUUAACAGCCAAGAAUGCGUCUCUCAAGCUCAUCACAUCCUUCGGCGACCAAGGCGCUCCGGUGUCAGGCCAAGGUGGCACAGCCAGGCCACUCAAUACCGCCCUCGGCGUCACUCCGAUUGCCCAGUCUGCUUUAUCCCCUGGGGGAGUCGCUCCGUGGAAAGCGAUGAGAGCCACUCGUGAGCCAUCGACCGCCAGGACUGCAACUCCGGGAGGAUACCAAUCACGGAAACGAUUGCCAUCCCGCGAUGAUAUCGCAAGAGCCAAACAGGAAGCUGCCGAGCUGGCCACUCCCAUGACAGCCGCUCGUGAGAAGAGCUCCUCAAGAACUCCGAAUCUGGCGCGUCGCGAUCCAUCAGCGGACCCCGUCAGCGCGGUACGACAGGGUCAUCAUGAUGUGAUGAGGCGCGCUCCGGAUGUGGAUGAUGGCCACCUCCCAUCUCCAGCACAAGGCGUCUUCUCCCGGCUGAAAGCCGAACCUCGCACGUCUGACAGUCCUCGAGAACGCAAGCUAGGAGGGCUUCAAGUCGAAAUCAUGGAUACAGCCUAUACUGAUGCCCUGUCUCCAGGACCAAGCACCGAUGCGAGUAGCCGGAGUCGACAGGGCGCGUUCAGUCCCAUCACAGAUGGUAGCACGAGAAGUGGCAAAGGACGGGCCAUCGAUGCGUAUAUCAGCAGUGUCGAAGAAGCACGAGUCACAGCUCGCGAAGUGCGAGCUUCCUCCAGAGCUCAGAGUAGACAGCGCAACCGCAGCCGGAAACGAGGUGAAAGCCGAUCUGGUCGGACGAGCAGUCGAAUGCGGGAACGAUCAGAGGGACGAAAAGAUGUUCGUUAUAUCAAACCGGCCAAACGUUCGCCUUCAUCGCCAGUGCCCAUGUCACCGGAAGAGAUUGCUCAGGCGAGCAGUGGUGCACAGCAAAUCCAACCGGAACCUGCCACGACUGACGAUGAGAACUUCUACAAGAUGAACAUCGCGUCGCCGACCGAAUCGCAGCGUAGUGGCAGGACGAAGCGGAAAUCGGCUGAGAAGGCGCAAAGCCGUGCAGCGGACAAAUUCGCACUUAUUGGAGGAUUAGCUCCGCUGCAACUUGGUGGCGAGCGAGGACGAAGCCAGAAUCGUGAGAUCGAGCCUCCGCUUCGUUCUCCUUCUUUGCCCACCCUGUCGUCCAAGCGCUUUGGUGAGGCAGACGACGACGAUGCGCAACAGGAGACUCGUGGCUUUCGUAUGCGAGCUCGCAGCAUUAGCCGCCAGCCAGGCGAUGAUCUGCAGUCUCGUAGACAAGCAAGUCGUGCUCUGCCAGAGCGUUCGAGCAGCCGUAGGCCUAGCGCUCAAGGCGAACAGAUCAUCGCCAACGCUUCCGACGUUUUUGGCUUGAGUGCUCAGGCUGGCGGAGUGUCCCUCGACACGUCAGAGCCUCCUGCAUCUGUGGCGGGACAGCCUCGUGCCCGUAACAUGACGAGGAAGCAAAUUGCUGCUCAGGAACUCGAAGCAAGGAGGCGUUCGUUGGCCCGAAGACCAUCUGCACCGUCCAUACCCCUACCGGGAGACCUCCUCGCUGCCGGUCGACCGCCAAUGCCACCACGAUACCACACGGACCUCGGUGAGAGCCCCACCACGUACGAAUCCAUGGCCAGAAGCCACACGGUUGAUCCUGAUGUGAUGGCGCGAUACAACAACAACAACAACAACAACCAAGCAAAAGUCACGGGAACAUCGACGCCAUCUGCACCGAUCGGACUCCCAGCGACUCCUCGUGCCAUGCGGCAUCCGCGCUACAUGAGCAGUGACCCCAACGAACGAGAUGGCGACCCUCCCGUUCCGAGAAUACCGGGCCAGUACAGCGAACUAUCUUCCCUUGGUAGCAGUCUCAGUCAGGUCACUGGUUCGGCACUCAGUCAAAUGUCGUCGUCAGAUCAGCAGCCUUCGUUGUUGUCGUCAGUGCAACACUCUACACUCUCGGAAAGCAGCGACUCGAUCGGCCCACUCCUGCCUGCGACUGUCUUUGGCCAAAAGGGUCAAGCCUUGCCUUCGCGCUCUGCAUCAGCUCCUCCUGAAAACCAGUCACAAGUGCACCCGCUGUACAAGCCCACCCUCCCAUCUUCCAACCGCCGAUUGUCUGCCGGUCGCGGCCAUGUUCGAAAGAUCUCGCCACCAGAUGUCAACAUCAAAUUUGAUGAGCAGCCCAUCAGCAUUGAUGCUGCAUUAUACGACGAAGACCAGGUCAUCAUCAUCCCCGAAGCCGACAUGGGUCCACCGCCUAUGCUCGCCGAGCUGCAACAUCUUGCGGGUCCGCCGCCUCCACCGCCGCCGCCGACCAUGUAUCAGCAUCAGCGGAGUGGUUCUGGCGUGAUUAACAUUGCCAUCGAUGAGCAUGGAGCCGACUCUCCGGGUCCCACGCUGCCGAUGCCCAUGGAGCGAGCGCAGACAACCUCUCCAUCACAGCACCGCAAGAAUGCGCCCAGCGGAAGCUGGAUGCGUGGCUUCGGCGAUCGCAUGCGAAGCAGCUCUAAAUCUCGAGCCAAAUCACCUCCUACUGUUGCUGCUCCUGCGCCUUACGAGACCGUGCUCCCCCCGAUGCCAGGAUACACCGGCCAUGUCCGUCAUGAGAGUUUCUCUCAACAACGUGCCCAAAGCCCUUACGAGCAGGCCAUGGCCGCACAGAACCAAGGCCAAAUUCCCAUUCCGCCUCCUCCACCUCCUGCCCCCACGCAUGGCCCAGAAAGUAAACUCAACGAGACCAGCAUUCCACCUGUCAUGACGCUUCCCUCUCGCAGUCAGAGCUCAACUGGAUAUCGCAACCCGAAAGAAAUCCGAGCGAAUAUGCCUCCGGAAACCCUUCAGCAAGGUGUCUAUAAUGGCUCGGGAGGCAUGAUUUAGAAGUUUGUCAUCUUUUUUUUUUGGCAGAGCCCGAUAAUUGCAUUAUAUGAGAUCGAUCUUUUGCAUAAUAAUCCAUCUACCUACCUACCUACCUACCUAUUUUUUCCAUGCAUCAAUCGAGCUCAAGCAUUGCAAACACAUACACACUCUUCUCUCUUUUUGCAACUUUUCUUUUAACGAACCUGAACGACAUCAUCAUGCCCCCCCUCAACCAAUUAUUCGACGAAAUUUUAGAUUCUACUACGUUAUCUAUAUAUCAAAUCAAAUCAGUAA